AUGACCAGUGUUUUGACCACUACGGAUGCUGCGCGGGCUGAUGUUAAAGAACGUAUACUAGAGAGGGACGCUGGCUUCGUCUCUGGUGGCGAUGAUGACGACUCCUGUUCCGGUCCAGCUCACUCCGACGACUCUGGCGUCCGACUACAGGAAACAGAUAGAAAACAUACUAGAUCACCAACAAGAUCACAACCACCAAAGAAAAGGUUACGACUCGGUUCAAGAGAUGACUUGACUAGCCCGGAAAGCGAUAACCCAUCAUCUCCCUUCCGACCUUGGUCCUUUACGGAAGAACCACAACGUGAACCUCUCUCUUUAGUCAAGAAAACCAGUGAAACUAGUCUGCUCAGGCAAAGAAGAAGACCACUAGAACCUCCACCACCUCCUGUGCCCAUAAUUGAGCCGGUCGGACCACCGAGAGUCCCGCCACAUCCUGGCGUAAUGGAUUUCCCAGAUAAGAAACCGAGAGAGCAAAGGAACUAUAAAAACAUGACGCGGGAGAGACGGAUUGAGGCGAACGCGAGGGAAAGGACCCGAGUUCACACAAUAAGCGCCGCAUUUGAUACUUUACGAAAAGCGAUCCCCGCUUACAGUCAUAACCAGAAACUUUCCAAGCUUUCCGUACUAAGGAUAGCGUGUGCCUACAUCUCCGCGCUAUCAUCGGCGACAGAACCAGAUGCAGACCUCUCAGAUGCAGUCGAGAAGGUCACUCAAACGAUACACACAGAAGGAAAGCUACGGAAGAAGAAAGAUGACCCUUGA